GUCAACGCACCAUCACACAUGCAGUGCUCCUGUGUUGCUGUCACCUCAGUGUAUAGCCUAAUAUUCUGCAUGAAAUAAAUGCGCUUGUUGAUCUCCAGUGGAUGUAAACGCUGAUCACAGACGUGCUCGUCUUGGUUUUAUUUAUUUUUUCCCAAUAUCUUUAACGCUGUGUAACAGAGAGUUUUUAUUUUCUGGAGGAGUGUCCUUCACCGAUUCUUGUAAUGCGACUCACUGUGCGGGCGUUGAUUUCUCAUGGCCGAGUGGCCCGUCGGAUAGGACUCGGACCUGAGUCCAGAAUCAACAUGCUAAGGAACAUCCUCACCGGUCUGGUUCGACACGAGAGAAUAGAGACAACAAGAGCCCGAGCCGAUGAGGUUCGCUUCUACGCUGAAAAGUUGAUUGAUUAUGCUAAAAAUGGAGAUACUAAUGAGAAGUCCAUGAAAAUGGCUGAUUUCUGGCUCACAGAGAAAGAUUUGAUCCCCAAACUUUUUAAAGUUUUGGCGGCACGAUUUGAGAAUCGGACGGGUGGAUAUACACGCAUGGCUCGCAUUCCUAACAGGGAGAAUCUGGACCGCGCGCCUAUGACUGUCCUGGAGUAUAAAGGCAACCCUUUCCCUCCGCUGUUCCCCAUGAAACGCGUCAGUGAAUUGAACUUGUUAAACCAACUUCUGAAAGCAUGCAGAGAAGAAAAAGCUCAAAUGGUGUCUGAGAAAAAGGACUUAUGAUCUUUAAUCACUGUAUUUGUACAUUAUAUUUCAUGUAAUAAACCAUUAUGCAUUUCAUUAAAAUCUCAUUAAAAUUUA